CUGUGAGAGCCCGUUCGUAAGAGUAAGCAAUCCUUCCUCCCCAUCUCAACGGCCGUUCCUCAUCGUUUACAGCGCUCCACAAUGGCCCGCAUCUUCUCCAUCCUCGCCGUUCUCUUCGCUUUCGCGGCGCUGUCCACCGCGGCGCCGACCACCUCGCCGGCCUGCAUCGUGCAGACACCGUCCGUGAACCAAUCUACGUGCAAUUGGUACACGGAUUGCGCCGAGCCUAUCUUCCAGUGCGGUAGCAAGGGUUACCCUGUCGGCUAUGGAUACUUCUACUGCAGCAAGUUUGCGGAGGUUGUGCCGAAGAUGAGCGAGAAGGGUCAGACUUGGCUUCUCGGCGUAAUGCAAUGCCUCCAAUCCGCACUCUCCCUCAAGCUCACGACACCUCUCAGCUGCCCCUCAGUCCGCUCCUACGCCUUCGGCACGCACCCGACCUGCUACACCUCCGGCCAAGUCAGCUUCUGCGAGCUCGGCGUCCCCGACCUCCUGCACCUUGCGCCGGUGUUUCAGGAACGGCCGUGGGAUUUGAUCACGAUCGAGUCGCAGAAGCAGAUCGCGACGGUGUUGGGGACUUGUGGGAAGCAGUUUGCGGAGAAGAUCAAGGGGAUUUUUCAUUUGCCUCAUUUGGCUUAAAUAUAGAGCUUCGUGCGUAGAGAGGAAUACUGAUCGGAACGAUGGUGCGGGACGGAGGAUUGGCGUACGACGGCAGAGGUGGCAAUGGGACUUGACAUAGCUUUCCAUUCUCGCCGCGACAGGAGACGUCCGUACGGUAUGUAAUAAU